UUGUCAACAUAUCAAAGCACCCGCGUUAGUUACGAAUUGUUUUUUUGUUUCAGUUUCCUAAACUACUGGUGUGUUAGCCAGCUAGCUAAAUAGCUCACUUAUUCUUUUGUGCAAACUUCAGGAAUUAGAAGUCUUUCUAACUUAGUUUAGAAACGCAGUGUGUUGUAGUAUGUCGCACUGAAUAACGCUAAAUAUUUUUACAGGGCAUCGUAUUAACAAAAACAGUAUUUUGAAGCUUACUCGCUGGGUGUCUGCUUAUUUUAAAGCGCUGUGUGUCGUUGAAUGUCAUCUCCUAAUGAUCGUUUCCACUUUCGAAAAAAAUGAUUUUACUGAUUCGGGAUUGUCCGUGCGCCCUGCGAAGACGUCUGGAGGGAGGUUGCAGAUGUAGCUGGGGUCUGGCAGCUGUGACCAUGGUGCUGUGCUGGGGUUGUUUGUUGGUGCUGGCGGCCCUGUCCCGGGCCCUGGGCUCUCUGCAGCAUUCAGAGGAGCCUUCUCUACCGGAGGAAUGGGUCCUGCUCCAUGUCGUGCAGGGCCACAUCGGUGCGGGAAACUACAGCUACCUGCGUCUCAACCACGAAGGACGCAUUAUCUUGUAUAUGCAAAGCCUCAAGGGAGAUGCGGACCUUUACGUCUCUGACAAGACUCUGCGGCCAAACUUUGAUACCUACAAGCUCCAGUCGACCACCUGCGGCCAGGACAUGGUGAUCGUCCCAGGGGAUUUUCUUAGGCCUGUCGGAAUCGGGAUCUACGGACAUCCCUCCUACAUGGAGAGCGAGUUUGAGAUGAAGGUGUUUUACGACCAGACGGCACUUACAGAAGAGGAAAUCGAGAAAAACUCUUACUCCCCAGAUGAUACUCCGGGGCAGUCUCAACACUCUCAGGGCCCUGCGGAUGUGACGGAGGAAGAGGAAUCGAUCCUGUGGACUAUUCUGAUUGGGAUUCUUAAGAUCAUACUUGAAAUUUUGUUUUGAUUUUGAUGUUCCAGCUGCCAAAAUAACACCUUUGCCACAAUUAAACCUUUUUCUCAUUUAGAUCAAAUUAGCGGUUUAUUUGUUUCGACGAAGAACUAGAAGUGCUUUGCCUGGAGUUUUGUUUAAAUCUUUUGCACCAUCAGCACCCUAUAGGGAAUAUGUUGAUUGCGUCCAAAUUUUUAAUAUGCAAAUUAUACAUUUGUUUGUCAAAUUAGAUGGCAUAUCAAUGCAACUGAUUUCACUUAAUACGUCGAACACAAAUUCUCUUUUGACAUUUUAUUGAUUAGUUAAAAAAGGAAGGUUGCGUGGUGCAUUUGUUUGUGUUUUACUGACCUUAGGAUGUGAAUUGUAGGUUUUAAACUGCACUAUGCAAUCACACAGAUCACCUUGUGACAAAGGUCGUACGGCUGUGCCUAUUGUGAAGAAGAGUCUGUUGACUAAUAAGCAGCAAAGAAUCUUCUGCGCCUGUAGUUGUAUGAUACAAAUAAAGUAAUCACUUAUUUUUGAAAA